AACUACGAGGCAAGCUGUCGGGGAAUAUUGAUCUGGUCAAAGCAAUAAGUUUACAAAAUGUCCGGUUUGCUACUCGCACUGCCUCUCCAACUUGCGUGCCAGCUGUAUAGUUCUGGUAAUUUGAGCUACGGGAAUUAUAGUCUUGAUUACACGUCAGCGCCAAAUCAACCCGCCGUUCUACCAGAGGGCUAUACUGCGUUUCCAGAUGUCGGAGUAGCCUACAAGCUCUACAAUAAUAGAGUCACGUGGAACACGGGAAGAAAACUAUGUGCCGCCGAGGGUGGAAACUUGGCUGUUAUCGACUCGUUCAGGAAGAACGAGUACGUUGCAAGCAUGAAAGGACUUGGUGCACAUGUGGGUAUUCAUCGAUUGUUCGACACUGUCGAAUGGGUCAGCGUUAAGACUGGUGAACCGUUGACUUUCAUACCAUGGAGACCAGACUUGGGAUCUGGGAAUUGUGCGGCAAUAUAUAGUGAUGGAAAGGGAAUAGGCCCUUGGAAUUGCGCCAGUGUAUUACCGGUCUUGUGUGAGAUUCCAAUGUUCACUCAGCGCACAAAUGAGACAGAGAUUUCCCAGAAGCAAAUACUCGCGUUAGUCCGCAAUAAUUAACACCACGAGAACACACCUAUUUUUUCGAUCAUGGAGAAUACUCGACCGAAUACUGGAGUCAAAACGACCCUGUUCCAUUUUUGAUGCAUUACCAUUGCAAAUUUACGAGUGCGAUUCACCCGAAAAAAUUCAGGAGUA